UCCUCAGUCUCUCUCCCAGUCCCUCAGUCUCUCUCCCAGUCACUCAGUCUCUCUCCCAGUCACUCAGUCUCUCUCCCAGUCACUCAGUCUCUCUCCCAGUCACUCAGUCUCUCCUCCCAGUCACUCAGUCUCUCCUCCCAGUCACUCAGUCUCUCCCCCCAGUCCUCCAGUCACCAGUCUCCAAUCACUCAGUCUCUCCCAGUCACUCAGUCUCUCUCCCCCAGUCCUCAGUCUCUCCCCCAGUCCUCAGUCUCUCCCCAGUCACUCUCCCAGUCUCUCUCCCAGUCCUCA